GCCUCCACCCCCGAAAUUUCCGCGCCAUGUCAAAGAAAAAAGGACUGAGUGCAGAAGAAAAGAGAGCCCGCAUGAUGGAAAUAUUUUUUGAGACAAAAGAUGUAUUUCAAUUAAAAGAUAUGGAGAAGAUUGCUCCCAAAGAGAAAGGCAUUACUGCUAUGUCAGUAAAAGAAGUCCUUCAAAGUUUAGUUGAUGAUGGUAUGGUGGACUGUGAGAGGAUUGGAACUUCUAAUUAUUAUUGGGCUUUUCCAAGCAAAGCUCUUCAUGCAAGGAAACGUAAAUUGGAGGUUCUGGAAUCUCAGUUGUCUGAGGGAAGCCAAAAGCAUGAAAAUCUACAGAAAAGCAUUGAAAAAGCUAAAAUUGGUCGACAUGAGACAGAGGAGCGAGCUAUGCUAGCAAAAGAACUUUCUUCACUUCAGAACCAAAGGGAACAGCUAAAGACAGAAGUAGAAAAAUACAAAGAAUGUGACCCACAAGUUAUAGAAGAAACGCGUCAAGCAAAUAAAGUGGCCAAGGAAGCUGCUAACAGAUGGACUGAUAACAUAUUUGCAAUAAAAUCUUGGGCCAAAAGAAAAUUUGGACUUGAAGAAAAUAAAAUUGAUAAAAAUUUUGGAAUUCCAGAAGACUUUGACUACAUAGACUAAAAUAUUUGAUGGUUGUGAAGGAUGGAUCAGUGAGCUUGUGAAUAUUUAAAUUUAUAAAUAUUCAACUAAAUGUACUGACUUGUCAUUUACCUAUAACUGUUUACUAUUUUAUUGAUUUUAAAUAAAGUAUAAAAUGC